UCCGUGUUGGGCAGUGAAUGGGGGGGGGGGGGGGGGGUACGGGUGCUGCAGAAUUUGUGGGCUGCCAAUCGGGAUUUGCAAGCACAUCUGGAAGGAUACUAGGGGCUCUAGAGGCCUUUGUGCAAAUUUUUGGUGGUUGCAGGACAAUACUUGUGCUCGCCACCGCACCAGCUUGUACUGCACUUAUGUAACUUGCCACGUCACGUGAUACAGUGAUACUGCAGUGCUGGCAUGUGAAAGACCGGGAUAUACUAGGUCACUAGUGCUCACCAAUUCACCAAAAGGUAGCGUGGCACUAGUACUGGCACUCUGCUGCAUGUGAGAGUCAUCA